AUGGUUCAGUAUCAGAAUUAUUUCAAAGAGUUCGUCAAAUAUUCUUCUCGAGCCAAGCAUAAUACGAAGAUUAUGCAGAAAGCACUUGAGCUAACAUUAUCAAUUCCUCAGCGUGCCACUGAUUUAAUUUAUAUAAAUAAUAUUGAAGAAUAUCCUGGUGAUGUGAAAAGACUUGGACGACUUUACCGACACGACGUAUUCCUUUUAUGGGAAAAUGAUGAAGAGCCCAUCGACUGCUAUGCAUUUCUAUUCAAAAAUAAGCUUUUGUUAACAAAAAAAGAUACAAGAAAAGAUCCUCCAAUAUAUAAGUAUUACUCUACUAUUAGACUCGACAGGUAUGCCGUAGGAUCAGUAAAAAAUGAGGAAGAUACCAUUGAAAUGAAACCUCAUGAAUAUGAUUUACCAACAUAUCGAAUACGUGCCAAAGAUAUAGCAACCAUGGAAAUUGUGCGACAAGCUUGGCUAAAAAAUAUUCAAGAAAUGAAGGAUGAUUUAGGUAAACUAAAUUGA